AUGGAAGAACAAUGCAGUAGCUGGGCUUACUACUACCAAGAAGAGGCCGUCGACCAAUUGAAACAAUCCCUCUUGUACUCGACUCUCGAGCUGGAGGCAGCUCUCGUCUCGGCUCACGACGAAAUCUCGAGGAAAGACGACGAGAUCCUCCAGCUCAAGAGCCUACUCGCCUCCGUCAUCAAAGAAAGAGACGAAUUCCACGCAAAAUGCAACGACCUCGCCCUCGAAAAGCAGCAGCUCAUCCUCCAACAACAAAUGAAUAUCCCGACCGAAACCCUCCCAAUCUCGAGCAACAACGAAGAAGACCACAACAACACCACGGACCGCUGCACGUCCGAUUGCUGUGACGACAACCUCAACAUACUCUCGGACAUAACCGAGCGGGUCGCGGUGAAAACUCCCCUGCCGGAGCAGGGGAGGUUCCUGCAGGCGGUGAUGGCAGCGGGCCCGCUCCUCCAUAGCCUCCUCCUGGCGGGCCCGCUUCCACGGUGGCAACACCCGCCACCUCAGCUCAACUCCGUCGACAUUCCCCCGGUCGUGAUCCAGUCGACCAGAAUCGUGACUCGGGACUUUUCGCCGAGUCCCAAGUAUCAGAGAGUUUGUUCACCACCAGCAAUCAUCAAUGAACUGAAAAAUUAG